AUGCUCCUCACGCGCUGCUUCGGCGCGCUGCCGUGGGCGGCGCGCGCGUCGCUCGCGACGACGACGACGCGCGUCAGGGCGCUCCACGUCGCGCCGAGGCCGCGCGCGCUCGACGGCUGGCGCGUCGUUCAUCACGGCCGACGCGUCGCGACGUCCGCGGGCGGAACGCGCGGGGGCGGCGGGAACGGCGGCGCGGACGACGGGCGAUGGACGAUGGGCGCCGGCGGCGGCGUCGACCGCGAGGGAUACGACCGCGACGACCGCGACGACCGCGACGACCGCGACGCGCGUCGCGCGCGCGGGGACGACCGCGGCGGAAGAGGCGGUCGCCGCGGACGAGGCGGCCGAGGCGGCGGCGCGGCGUCGGCGGCGCGCGGGGGGGAAUCCUCCGCGUCGUCCGCCGCGCGAUACCGCGGCGGAUCCGACGCCCCGGAGUGGACGCGCGCGCGGAGAGACUCGCGACGCAACGCGGAGGGCGCCCCGCUCUCGCGGUCGCGUUAUCCGCCGCGGUCGCGCGACGACGAGCGGUGGGAGCGACCGUCGUCGCGAGGAGGACCGCGUUCCGAUUUCGACGAUUUCGACGAAUCAUCAUUCCGUCUCGACCACCGCGGAGGCGGCGAGCGACGACCCGAGCGCUUCCGCGACGCCGUCCGCGACGACAGCGGCGUCAACGAUUGGACGUGCGCGGCGUGCGGGGAGAACAACUUCGCGCGGAGAGUCGCGUGCUUCCGUUGCGGCGCGGGGAAGGAGGAGGGAGCCGGCGUCGGAGAUGACGCGCGAACGCCGCGAACGGCGUCCGGUGCGUUCUAUACACUGGUCCCCAUACGACGGCGUUCGCGUGGUGAACGCCGAUCCUUAAGGACUUUUCCCGGCGUGUUUUACGCCACCUGCCAUCCCGGCCUCGAGGAGGUGGUCGCCGCGGAGCUCUCCUCGCCGCUCAUCGGCGCGAUCGACGUCGCGCCCGGCGCGAGCGGCGUGUCCUUCGCGGGCGACGCGCGCGUCGGCUACCUCGCGAACGUGUGGCUGCGAAGCGCGAUUCGCGUGCUGGUUGAGAUGCGAAGAGGGUGGCUCGACCCCUCCGCGCCCGGCGGCGCCGCGGUGUACGACUUCGUGAAGGGCGCCGCGCCGUGGGAAGACGUCGUCCCGGGCGGCGUCGGCGCGCGCGACCCCCUCACGUUCAGCGUCGAGAGCCGCGUGUGGAGCUGCUCCGACGUGACGUCGACGCGGUUGGCGUCGACGCGCGCGAAGGACGCCGUCUGCGACGCGCUCGUGGACGCCACCGGGUACGUUGUGAAGGAUCGACUUAUGACUAAAUAG